AUGAUGUUUUUCAAGUAUUUGCCCCAGAUUGGUGUCAAGCAGAUGGCGGGUAAUGGUAAGGGGUUCUUGGAUGGUGAUUUGGCGACUGCUAAGUUUGAUCGUCCAAAAAGCUUUGCCGUUGACUUCAAAGGAAAUGUGUAUGUUGCUGACAAGGGCAAUGGUGCUGUAAGAAAGAUUAGCAAGUCAGGAAUAUUUAUUCUGGCCUUUGUUCCUGAAAUGUGUGCUUUAAUGAUCUGUGAUCAUGGUAAUAAAUUGGUCCGCCAGAUUAACUUGAAGUCAGAGGACUGUGCUCGUGGUUCUGAAUCUGAUGGGAAGAAUGAACUUGCAUAA